UAUACAUAUAUCAAUGACUGUCUUUUUUUCGUUCGUUCGGUGGGCUCUAUAAAUUGAGGGCCCAUGUCAACUAGAGAAUCAGUUUAAUUUUGAGCCGCCAAACCGAAAAUGCUUUCGAAAUCGCAACUAUUACUGCUCGUCGUCGGGUUCUGCUUGAAUGCAGCCACCUUGGCCGACGUUGACUGCAGCAGGCGACCAGCGUUUGUGAAUCCCAAAACCUGCUGUCCCAUGCCGGAUUUCGUGACCGACGAGUUGAAGGAGAAGUGUUCGAGGUUUGAGGUGACCCCACCGCCACCAACAACUGGCGAGGCCAGUGGAUCCUUUGAGAGCAGGCGCCGUCAUCACCAUCCCCAUCCACCAUCGUGCUUCUUCUCUUGCAUCUUCAACGAAACGGGCAUCUAUCAGAACCGGAAUCUGGAUCAGGACAAGCUGCAGAGCCAUCUGCAGGUGGUGUUCAAGGACAGUGCCGAGCUGCAGACUGCGGCCACCCAGGCCUUCACCACAUGUGUCGCCAAGAUUGUGGAGUUCGAGGAAAACUUACCAGCACGCCCUUCGCCGCCACCUGGAUUGCCCAUCUGUCCCCAUGACGCCGGUCACUUGAUGGGCUGUCUGUACCGCAAUCUGAUGAAGAAUUGCCCGGACUCGAUUAGAAAUGACUCCCAGGAGUGCACCGACAUGAAGGAGUACUUCAACAAGUGCAAGCCCCCACGUGGUGCUCCUCCUUCCGCUGAAGUUAUGUGAGGCGUCCGAAAAGCCCUUAAAAUCUAAAAAACCCGCAAUAAAUAUACCUCCUCCCAGCAGAACAUUCAAUAUUUUAGUGAGUUUAAACCAAUAAAUACUUAAAGCUCAA